AUGGAAAGGAAUGGAAUGCAGUUGGAUAGGGUAGAGUGGAGUGGAGUUGAAUUGAAAGGAAUGAAAUGCAGCUGGAUAGGGUGGAGUGGGGUGGAAUUGAAAGGAAUGAAAUGGAGUGGGUUAGGGUGGAGAGGAGUGGAAUGGAAAGGAAUGGUAUGCAGUUGGAUAGGGUCGAGUGGAGUGGAGUGGAGUGGAAUUGAAAGGAAUGAAAUGCAGUUGGAUAGGGUGGAGUGGGGUGGAAUUGAAAGGAAUGAAAUGGAGUGGGAUAGGGUGGAGAGGAGUGGAAUUGAUAGGAAUGGAAUAGAGUGGGAUAUGGUGGUUUUGAGUAGAAUGGAAAUGAAUGAAAUAGAGUGGGAUAGGGUUGAGUGGAAUGGAAUGGGAAGGAAAGGAAUGCAGUUGGAUAGGGUUGAGUGGAGUGGAAUGGGAAGGAAUGAAAUGGAGUGGGACAGGGUGGAUUGGAGUGGAAUUAAUAGGAAUGGAAUAGAGUGGGAUAUGGUGGUGUGGAGUAGAAUGGAAAUGAAUGGAAUAGAGUGGGAUAGGGUUGAGUGGAAUGGAAUCGGAAGGAAAGGAAUGCAGUUGGAUAGAAUGGAGUGGAGUGGAAUUGAAAGGAAUGAAAUAGACUUGGAUAGGGUGGAGAAGAGUGGAAUUGAAAGGAAUGGAAUGUAG